AUGGAGCGGGGCGGCGGGGCCGGGGGGAGCCUCGAACUCGCCGGGGGCGGCGGCGGCGGUGGAGGCGGCGGCGGCGGCGGCGGUGGCGGUGGCGCGGAUCUGUGCCUUCAGGAUCUCGUGAUCGGGCCUACGAGUGGCCUCUCCGUGCAGCAUCAUCAGCACGCGGUCGCGGCGACCGCCUCGAUGGCCGGCCUGCAUGGCGAUCACCUGCAGGGCGCGAUGCACCAUCACGAUCUGCACGGCAACUCGCAUCACGACACCUCGAUGCUACACAAUUCCAGUCACCAGCUGCACCACGAGCCGCUCGAGAAGCUUAAACUCUGGGCGCAGAGCGACUUCGGGGACGAAACUAACGGGGGCCUCGCAAGGCUCGACGCGGGUCACGGCGCCCACACCCCCGGUGGUAGCAAUCCCAGCACACCGGGAGCAACCCCCACAACACCCUCCGGUGGAUACUCCACUGCUCAGCCAAGGAACCGCACAAACACCACUCACAGGCAGGACAUCCGAAAAGAAGUGAAACACGAAUUGGGUGCCGGUGGCGGUGUCGUUUCCCCCGGAGUCAACGAUACCGAUGACAAAGAUGGGAAGAAGAACAAACGACAGAGGCGACAGAGGACGCAUUUUACGCAGCAUCAGCUUCAGAAUUUGGAGAUGACAUUUAUGAGGAACCGAUAUCCAGAUAUGUCGACCAGGGAGGAGAUAGCUUGCUGUACGAACCUCACGGAAGCUCGAGUCAGGGUUUGGUUCAAGAACAGACGGGCGAAAUGGCGGAAGAAGGAGCGCAACGCGAUGAACGCUGCCGCGCAGGCCGCGGCGGACUUCAAGUCCGGCUUCAGCACGGCCAGCCUGAACGGCUUCAUCGCUCAACCAUUCCCGGACCCAGACACGCUCUACAGCUCUUACAGCACGUACAAUAACUGGGCAGCCAAGGUACCCUCGCCGUUGAGUGGCAAGAGCUUCCCCUGGAUGAACACUCUGGGCUCUGUGGUGCCCACGGCGUCGCACCAUCAUCAUCACGCACAAGUCAGCCCGGUGAAUCCAUUCAAUGCCGCGGCGACGUCAGUCGCAGGCAGCCACGUGGGUGGAAUGUCGGUGUCGGUCGGCCAGGCAGCCACGUCCAUGCUACCAGGCAUGGGUUCCGGUCUGGGCGUCGCGAGUUCGCCGGUUGCAGCUUCCGGUGCAGCGUGUCCAUAUGCGGCGCCGGCGGCGCCCCAUCAUCCAUACGGGCCGCCAGUUUACACGCCGCAUCAUCGGUCUCCCGAAUCCUGCACGGUGAUGACAUCAAGCAGUAUCGCAUCACUGCGAAUGAAGGCGAAGCAGCAUAGCAGCGGUUACGGCGGUGGCGGUACAUUCAGCGCGGCAGGUGCCACCGGCGGUACCACGGCUGGCAGCAUAAGUCCCGUCAGCUCGAGAGCGUCAUCCGUAGGAGGUGGUGGCGGCGGUGGUGGCGGCGGAGGCGGUGGUUUGAGCGCCUGUCAAUACGCGUUGACGCAGGCGGCCGGUGGGAAUCCGCAUUCCCCGGGUCCUGAAGCGCACGCCAACGCGACCGCCAGGGCCCAGGUCUGAGGUGACGCGGGGGCUACCUC